AUGAAGUCUGCUGUUGCUGCCACCCUCCUCGCCGGCCUGGCCUCUGCCAGCUCGCCCAUCCGCCACCUGCACUUCCCCAGAUCCAACGGAACCAUCACCUCUGCCGUUGACAAUGCCGCAGCGCCCACCACGCUGACCGUCAUCGCAACCUCGGUGCACACCGUCAUCAGCUGUGCUGCCACCGUCACAAACUGCCCGGCCCGCACCAACGCCACGGCCAUUGGCAGCCUGCCCGAGUCCGCCCGCACCACCGUCGUUGUCACCGACACUGUCGUGCUGGCCACCACCGUCUGCCCCGUCGAGCAGGCCUCCAGCAUCUCCUCCUCCCUCCAGGCCGCCCACUCCUCCGGCCUCAUCACCGGAUCGACCAUUACCGCCUCGGCCCCUGCGGUUACCACUCCGGCCCAGGCUGGCGGUGCUCCUCCCGCCGGUGGUGCUCCCGGCAACAAUGCUCCCGGCGGCGCCAAGGUCACCUUCUCGGACGUCGUCACCGACAAGACCCUGACCAUGACCAUUGGCAAGGGCGCCAGCGCCUCGGUUCUGACCACCACCGUCCAGGCCACCACCCGUGAGACCAUCACCAUCACCAGCACCCUCGGCAACGUCCAACCCGUCCAGACCGGCAGCGGCAGCUCUGGUUCCAGCACUGGUGGCAACGCUCCUCCUGCUAACGGAUCUCCCGCCAACGGUGGCUCCGGCUCCAACUCUGGCUCCGGCUCUGGUUCCAACUCUGGCUCCGGCUCUGGUUCCAACUCUGGCUCCGGCUCCGGCAACGGCUCCGGCAACUGCGCUGGUGCUCCCACCGUCACUGUCACCGUCGCCAAGGAGACCGUCACCGUCCCUGCCUCCACCGUCUUCGUCACUGUUGAGCCCAGCUCUUGCAGCUCUUCUUCCUCCUCUGCCGUCACCGGCCAGGCUGCUGGCUCCGGCUCCAACUCCGGCUCCGGUGCCUCCAACGGCAACGGCAGCUCUGGCUCCAACAACGGCUCCGGCUCUGGCUCUGGCUCUGGCUCUCAGGGCAACGGCUCUGGUAACAACGGUGCUGGCAACGCUGCCGCCACCACCUCCACUCCUUGCCCUACUGACAUCACCACCACCGUCCGCUCCACCGUCACCGUCACUCCUUUCCCCGUCAACAACGGCACUGCUGCCACCAGCGGCGCUGCUCGUCCUUCCUCUUCUGGCUUUGCUAAGCUCCGCCGAUAA